AUGUCGUAUGCCCAAGUCCUUCGAGACGCGAGGAAUACGGUUGACUUUAGAUUGGCGGGCGUCUCCAGGGUCCGUCGGACCCUGGAGGGGCACUUGUUGGAAGUGGGAGAGGAGGACUGCAAAUCCAAGGCGGACCUGCUCGCUUCCAAAUUGAGGGAGGCUCUCUCCGAAAGAGUUAGGGUGGCUCGUCCAUCUCGAAACGUGAAGAUAUUAGUUUCGGGAUUAGACGAGUUUAUCGCGGAGGACGACCUCUGCAAGAAGUUUAUGGCAGAGUUUGGUGGCGGGAGUGGAGUUAAGGUAGUAUCUCUGCGUCGCUCCCAGUCCGUGGGUGGAGUCGCCUUGGUUUGCUGCCCAGCUGAGGAAGCAGCCAAGGCGAUUAAAGUAGAUAAAUUGCCGGUGGGCUGGGUGAUGGCGAAGAUGCGAGCACUCCGGUCCCGCCCCCUGCAGUGUUACAGGUGUUUUCAGCCUGGGCACUGCAGGGCUUUGUGUUCCAGCCAGGUUGACCGCAGUGAUUUUUGUUAUCGCUGUGGUCGGCCGGGUCACAGAGCGGCCGGCUGCACUGAAGAUGAGGGGUGUCCCCUCUGUGAGGAGUCAGGCCGGAAAUUCUUCCACCGAAUGGGUAAAGCCCGGUGCUUGGCCAUCGGCCAGAGGACUUCCGGGCCCGUUAGCAAACCCUGA